AUGACUCAAGGUACAACUACAACUACCACUACAAAUUCAUCUACAAACACAAAUACUCCCAUAAUACACCAUGACGUCAAUGUCUCAGUUCCCAUCAAAUCCAAUGUGAAGGUAAAAUCAAGUACAACCAACACAACGAAACAAAAGUCUAAUCGACUUAAAUAUUCAAGACCUUGUGAUGCUUGUUCAUUAAGGAAAGUGAAAUGUGAUUUAAAGAGUCCUAACUGUAGUCGAUGUAUCGAACAUGGACUACCAUGUACCAACAAUAGAGUUAGAAAGAAGUGUGGUCCUAAAAAGAUUCAUCUGAAAACAAGAGAAAGUAUCUUACAAUUAGCAUCCUCUAAUUCUCGUAAGAAUACUGAAACCACAUCAAACAAUCAUAAUUUAUUACUUCAAUCAAACUCCAAUAAUAAUGCAUUUGUACCCUUAAUAUCAAUUGAAAAGAUUCUUCCCUGUCUACAAGUAUAUCAAACUUGGUAUUAUGGGGUAUGGCCAGUAGUAUCGGUAUCAUAUUUAAUGUCUAAACUUAUUAAUAAUUCAAGUUCCACUACCAAAUUCUAUCGAGAUAAAUCAAAUACUGAUUCUAUUUCAGUUUAUGCUUUAAGUUGUGCAUUAUCAGCAACCAUUGUUCGACAAGCUUUUUUCUUAUCAUCACAAUCACCAUUAAUUAAUCUCCCUAAUGAUGUCAAUCAUGAAGAUUUCGCUAAUGAGGCUAUUCGAUCCUUAGAAUUCUACAAUUACAGAUUAAAUCCAAGUCCUGAUAGUUUAUUAACAUCGUUUUUCUUAUAUGGUUAUUAUAUAAACAUCAAAGGAUCAACUAAAUCAGCUAUAAGUUAUUUACGAGAAGCAAUAUCAACGGCUCAAAUUCUUGGAUUACAAAAUUCAAGUACAUAUAUUAAUAAAUCAACGGCUGAAAUUCAUCGAUUAAGAAAAAUUUAUUAUUUAUUAUUGGUUACUGAAAGAUUCAUAUGUAUUGAAGAUCAUAUGCCUGUUAUUUUAGAACCAUCAAUUCCAUUCCCAUCUUUAAAUGAUGAAGAAUAUUCAACUUUAUUAACUGGAUUUACUGAAUUAGUUAAAAUUUUUGCUAUACCAGAUAAGAAUUUCUUUGAUAAAUUUUUAUUAUUACAAAUGAAUGAAAAUAAUGAUAUUGAUAUGAUAAAGAUCUUACCCACUCGAAAUUGGAUUAUAAAUAUUCAACAUCAAUUAAAUUCGAUUCCAAUCUUACAAGAAACUUUAGAUAUUCAAAAAUUAAAUAUCUUAAUCAGUAAAUAUUGGAUGAAAGCCUUAACGUGGAAUAUCUGUAAGAAGAAUAAUUUAUUAUUAGAUGGAGAUAUACCUAACCAGAAUGAAUGCUUGUCGAUCGUAUUCCCCUUUCAUAUUGCCAAGGGGUUUUUGAAUGAAACAAAAGGAUUACCAUUAUUUUCAUUUGAAUCAAAUGGUCCAGGGGUAUGCAUUAAAUUAUUAGAAAUUGCUAAUAGUUUAGUAGAUGCUAUUAAUUUAAGUAAGAAUUACGAAGGAUUUCAAUAUUUAGCUCAAGUAUUUGCUUUAAUUUCAACUUUAAAGAAUGAUGUCACUUUACCGAUUCAUUUAUAUAAUAAAAUCGAAAGUAUUUUAAUUUCCCAUUCUUUAAAAGUUCCAUUUCUGCCCUUCACACCAAUCUUACUGGAUCAAUCCCAAUCUCUUCAACCUCAACCAUUACAAUCCCAAAUUACUCCAUCAUCAUUCCCUGGUGAAAGUUAUAUCUCGGAAUUACCCGACGAUUAUCAUAUAAAUGAAGAUGAUUCAACCAAAAUCAAUGGAGAAUUAUCGAAAUCAGGUUUCUCUCCCUUUUCAACUCAUCUAAACUUAACAUUCACUGUCCCCAGUCAGACCAAUCUUAUGGAAUUACAAUCAAAAUCAAAUAAAGAUAUUGCAGCCAUAUUUGAUUUCAAUAAUCCAUCUCCUAUAAAUCCCAAUAAUAACAAUAAUAAUAAUAAUUCAAAUAUGAAUGGAACAGCAGCUAUAACUACAACUACCACUACCACUACUAGCACUACAGUAUCGGCAAAUAUAGCACAUGCUGCAUUUAAUGAACUUUAUGAAUUAUACAAGCCAAGUGAUAAUUAA